AUGAACACGUCUUCAAGCGCUGCGGCUAACGAAGAGAAACUUGUCGCCGGGAAGAAAAAAAAAGACGCAGGGAGCGAAGCUUUUAAGAAAGGAAAUAUGACUGAAGAUAUUAUCAUGAGGCAAGCGUUACUGUGUCUAAAUGGUCUUCAGAACAACAAAGCUUUCGCAGUAUUUCGAAAUGAGCAGCAAACGGCAGAGAAAGAUCCUCUUCAACAAGAAAUUCAGAAAAUAUGGCAUCCGAGUCAUUCACUGUCACAUGCUCAAAUUCUUUUUAACCCUCCAACGUUCACAGCUUGUCACAUAAAACUUGAGCGAUGGUCGCGAGCAAUUGACUGCGUGAAUCAGGCGUUGAAGAAUGACGCAGAUAAUACAAAAGCUCUCUUCAGACGAGCUCAAGCGUACAUCCAGGAAGGGAAUGUCGUUGGUGCGCGACAAGAUUUGGAUAAAUUGAGCAAAAACAACCCGGACGAUCCUGCCAUCAGACGCGAGUAUCAUAGGUUGCGACAAAAGGAAAAGGAACAAGAUCGCAAACAAGCCAAAGACCUUAAGGGACUCUUUGCACGAAUGCAAAAAGAAGAUGAGCGCGAAGAGGCCGAAAGGGCAAAGGCAGAAAAAGAGAAAAAGAGUGCAGAAAGUGAGGGUGCAAAGGUUCAAGAGACAAACACUGACGAGCCAAAGAUUCAAGAGAUAGACACUGACGAGCCAAAGAUACAAGAGAUAAACGCUGAAAGUACAGAAGAACCGAGUAUUGAUGAGCCAAAGAUUCAAGAGAUAACUGAUGAUUGA